AUGGUGGAAGUUGAGAUUAGAAAAGAAGAUGAUGUGAUAGAGGUUAAAGAAGAGUCUGAGAAUACGACAGAGAAAGAAGCGAAGAUAUCUCAGAAAGUGGUCCUCAUACCUAGACAUCCACCACUUUUUUCACAGAGGUUAAUGAAGAAGACUGAAGAUGACAAACUUAAGUCCAAAUGGACAGGGACAUUUUUGCUCACAAAAGUGCUCCCCCAUGGAGUGGUUGAGCUUGCAAAUAGUGAUGGGACAAAGUUCAUGGUAAAUGGGCAAAGGAUCAAGGUCUAUGUGGGAAAUGCUGAGAGCGUGCAAGAAGGGGUUGAGGCCUAUCAUCUUGAUGAAGUCUAA